GGCUCGCCUGUUUUAGUGCCCUGCGGAACUGAGGGGAAGAGAGAAGUCGUGAUCAUGAUCUAACCCACCGAAACCCGCAGUAUAUCCGUAAUUUCUCCAUGGUUCGCGCAGUACAGCGGUGCUAAGUCUUCAGUGGCGAUUGCCACUCAGCCGUAGAAGCAGAGAAGCAGAAGGCCGGGUCGAGUCGCUGAAGUUAAGCGGACCUUGCGAUGCCAACCGCGGAUGCAGAGCCUGGCAUGGGCAGAGGCACGACGCCUGCAGCCCCGGCCUCACCGAGUCAGCCCGCCGGUGAACGCGCAGUGAGCGUGCUGUGGUCGUUUGGAAAAUGCCUGGGUGCCCUGCUUCCUGUGUACCUGGCCGGAUAUUAUGGCUUCAGCAUCAGCGUCGUCCUGUUCGGUCUGAUGAUCUACAUGGGAUGGAAACACAGUCGACUGGAGAAACUGACGAGGCUCAAGUCUGCCAUGUACCUUCUGGAGAACGAGAGGAAAUUCACCACUGAAAAUGUUUUCAGGGCCAAAAGGGAUUUGCCUCCCUGGGUCAACUUUCCAGAUGUGGAGAAAGUGGAGUGGCUGAAUAAGAUCCUGCAGCAGACGUGGCCCUUUGUAGGCCAGUAUCUGGAGAAGCUGCUGGUGGAAACCAUUGCUCCUGCCAUCCGUGCCUCCAGCAUUCAUCUGCAGACCCUCAGCUUCACCAAGGUCAACAUAGGAGACAAGGCUGUGAAGGUGGUUGGUGUGAAGGCUCACACAGAACAUGAUAAGAGACAAGUUAUGCUGGAUUUGUAUCUGAGCUACGCCGGUGAUGUCGAGAUCAACGUAGAAAUCAAAAAGUACUUCUGCAAAGCCGGAGUGAAAGGAGUGCAGCUCCAUGGGAAGCUGCGUGUGAUCCUCGAGCCUCUGAUCGGAGACGUGCCGCUGAUCGGAGCCAUCACAAUGUUCUUCAUCCGCAGGCCUAAAUUGGACAUCAACUGGACUGGGCUGACUAACCUGUUAGAUAUCCCCGGGCUGAAUGCCAUGUCGGACACUAUGAUAAUGGAUGCAAUAGCCUCCCACCUGGUGCUCCCCAACCGCCUCACUGUUCCCCUGGUGGCCGACCUGCACGUUGCGCAGCUCCGCUCCCCUCUCCCAAGGGGAGUUGUGCGUAUCCACCUGCUGGAGGCUGAGGACCUGACUGCCAAGGACACAGUCAUCAAGGGAUUAAUCGACGGGAAGUCGGACCCUUACGCCGUUCUGCGAGUAGGAACCCAGAUCUUCACCUCCCAUCAUGUGGACAGCAACCUGAACCCACAGUGGCGUGAGAUGUAUGAGGUGAUUGUCCAUGAAGUACCUGGUCAGGAGUUGGAAGUGGAAGUGUUUGACAAAGACCCAGACCAGGAUGACUUCCUGGGCAGGGUCAAGGUGGAUCUUGAUAUUGUAAAGAAGGCCAGAGUUGUGGAUGAUUGGUUCAAUCUGAAGGACGUCCCAUCCGGCAGCGUUCACCUCCGGCUGGAGUGGCUCUCUCUGCUGUCCUCUGCUGACAGGCUGAGUGAGGUGAUCCAGAAGAACCAGAACUUGACCAGUAAGACGGCCGAUCCACCGUCUGCCUCCAUCUUAGCCAUCUAUCUCGAUCAAGCUCACGAGCUGCCUAUGAGAAAAGGCAAUAAAGACCCGAGCCCAAUGGUGCAGAUUUCCAUCCAGGAUACAACUAAAGAGAGCAAGACCUGCUAUGGGACCAACAGCCCUGUGUGGGAGGAUGCCUUUACCUUCUUUAUUCAGGAUCCUCGCAAACAAGACAUCGACAUUCAGGUGAAAGAUGAUGACCGUGCUCUGUCCCUGGGCAGCCUGACCAUCCCUCUGAUCCGUCUUCUGGCGACCCCUGAACUCACCAUGGACCAGUGGUUCCAGCUGGAGAACUCUGGUUCCGCCAGCCGCAUCUACAUCAAAUUUGUGCUUAGGGUUUUGUGGCUUAGUGAUGAUACCACUCCUACAACUCCGUCUCCUCGGCCGUCAGCCUCUGGGUCCGGGAUGGGUCAGGGUGGGAUCACAUCAGAGCUGAACCCUGGCAGUCUAGCUAAACCUCAACCAGAACGACCACAGCACACCACACCCGACCCCGAGUUUGCAACUGAGGGGGUGCUGCGCAUCCAUCUGGUGGAGGCCCAAAACCUGAUAGCAAAGGACAACUUCAUGGGGGGCAUGGUGAAGGGGAAGAGCGACCCCUACGUCAAGAUCCGUGUGGCUGGUAUCACUUACCGUAGCCACACUAUCAAAGAGAACCUCAACCCCAUCUGGAACGAACUCUACGAGGUGAUUUUGACCCAGCUUCCUGGUCAGGAGAUCCAGUUUGAGUUGUUUGACAAGGACAUCGAUCAGGAUGACUUCCUGGGAAGGUUCAAGCUUAACCUACGAGAUAUCAUCAGUGCACAAUUCAUCGAUACGUGGUACACUCUGAAUGACGUGAAGUCAGGCAGAGUUCACCUGGUGCUGGAGUGGCUGCCCAGAGUAUCUGACCUGCCCAGACUGGAGCAGAUCCUGCAGUACCAGACCCAGCAGUCGUACCAGAACAAGGUUGUGCCAUCAGCAGCUGUGCUGUUUGUGUAUGUGGAGCGUGCCCAUGGCCUGCCGUUGAAGAAGAGCGGAAAGGAGCCAAAAGUCGGGGCUGACAUUAUCCUCAAAAACGUUUCACACAGAACUAAGAUUUGCGAGCGAUCCACGUCCCCUCGAUGGGACGAAGCCUUUCACUUUUUGGUUCGUGACCCCAGAGAUGAAACUCUCACAGUGAAGCUCUCCCACAGCUGGGGCCAGUCCCUUGGCUCCUUGACACUUCCUCUCAGGGAGGUGCUGGUUGAGCCGGGCUUGGUGCUGGACCGCUGGCUCAAUCUGGAUGGAGCGCUGCCGGAAAGCCAGAUACUACUGAGGGUCACGCUCAAGGUCUUGGACACUCAGCUGGCGGUGUGUCGCGGGGCUCCAGGGGACACAGGUGGCGACGUCAGCGGAGGCGAAGUCAUUCCCAGAUGGGUUCCUUCCCAUCUAGACAUCAGACAGAGAGGCGCAUUCUCCAUGGGUUGUGACAGCGCAAACACAGCAGGCCAGGUGAAGCUUACCGUCAGCUACUCUGUGGAGGAGAGCAGACUCUUCAUCAUUGUUCACUCCUGCAGAGCCCUGGCAGCCUGCUCCAAGGACGGUGCGGACCCUUAUGUUUCCUUCAUCCUGCUGCCGGACAAGAAGGCUACCACUAAGAGGAGAACUGCCACCAAGAAGCGAGACCUCAACCCGGAAUUCAACGAGAGGUUUGACUUUGAUUUCUCUCUGGAGGAGUCCAUACAGAGAAGACUGGACCUGUCUGUGAAGAACAGUGUCUCCUUCAUGAGCAGAGAGAGGGAGCUUAUCGGCAAGUUGCAGCUGGACCUGGACCAAAUUGACCUCAAGACCGGCGUCACACAGUGGUACGAUUUGGUAGCAGAGGCCAACUAGCCGAAUGGACGCUCAAUCUGAAGUACUAUAUAAUAUUAAGUGUUGCUUCUGUGAUCUGUGUGUUUGUGUAUUCAGCUUAAAUGAAAAGUUCCACCGUCACUGAAGAAAAACUCGACGACAUAUCUGCUCCACAAAAACACAGCCCAUCAGUAUUUAUGAGAAGAAACAUCACAUGUAGCUUAUCAUCCAUGAAGUGUUACCUGUGCUCAAUCCAUGCAGUCUUGGACAGAUUCUUCAGUAGAAUAUUUUGGCUGAAUAGAUAUUUGAUAAUAACGCAACUAUGUUGCACAACCUACCAAGUUUAUAUGUGUUGGAAAGCAUGUCGAAGUCCUCUUUGAAUUAUAUUUACAGAAGGGCUUUUGCUGUGUUUAAUAUCUUACGGUGUGACAAUGUUUCAUGGAUUUACAGCAUCCAACACAACACAAAGAGAAUCCUUUAAAUUUUCUUUUUUACAAUCUUCAAAUAAUUCCUGAUAUUACUUUGUUUAUAUACGUUUAUAUUAUUGCCUUAAGUAUUACAAAACUGUGCACAAUUUGUGGGUGUUUAUGAAUUAUGUUCCAAAUGAAGUUUUAUAUGUUUUAACCAAUGCUCUCUUAAAGUUACUUUUCUAAAUCAAAGUAUUACAAACGUAGACCCUCAUAUGUACCACUGACAACAGAGGUAUGAUACUGCAAGCAGAGUCUAAAUCACUGUGCUUUUAUGAAGAGAAAACUUUGUAUAUGCUGAAAACACAUCACUGGUGUUCUUGCGCCAAUGCUUCCUUGUGUUUGUAGCGCUAAAUGCAUCAGGCUGAAGCUUGUCGGCCAUGGUUAGACUUUAUUUUUCCAGCGAAAACAGUGAUGAUCUUAUGAGAAGAAAGCAAAUAUCGUACGUCAGCAGGGGGACAUCUUCCACUGUCACCUCACCGCAAAGGCUUGGACUCUUGAUUUGUGGCAAUGCAAACAAAAUAGUGUUUAAGUGUCAGAACUGAAGAAGAAAACUGCUGAACUUUGACAUUAUUUGAAACAUAUCAUCAUGCAUCUGCUGAAAUUAUUGAUUAAAGUUUGCACUCUCAUGAA